GACCGUGUCAAGACCGGGUCUACCACUGGACUCGACACCACUUUGUUGACAUCAUCAUCGCCAUCAACCUCGACCCUGUCGUGGACCCUUGCCUUGCUUCUGCUCCCCAGUGCUACCUACCGUAAUUAUUUGUUCACUAAGGUACCUUACGAACACAGUAUCUUUUACUACGUUGCGUUAAAGAGUUCACAGUCAUGUCGGAUCCGGUCCCGAAUCCCCAAGCUACCGGGUCAUCUUGGUCUUCCUUUCUCAAGUCCAUUGCCUCCUUCAAUGGCGAUCUAUCCUCUCUGACCGCCCCGCCUUUCAUUCUGUCCUCGACAAGUCUUACCGAGUUCAGUUCGUACUGGGGCGAACAUCCCAGCGUCUUUGCCGCUCCAGCCAAGGAGGCAGACCCUGCCAAGAGGGCUUUGCUUGUGCUCAAAUGGUUUCUAACCACUCUCAAACAACAAUAUGCGAGCCGAAGCGAGAGUUACGGCAAUGAGAAGAAGCCCCUCAAUCCCUUCCUAGGCGAAUUGUUUUUGGGGAAAUGGGAGGAUAACGUCGGAACCACUGCUCUGGUCAGCGAGCAAGUCAACCACCAUCCACCUGCCACCGCAUACAGCAUCAAAAACGAAGCUUCUGGAGUCCAUUUGCAAGGUUAUAACGCACAAAAAGCCAGUUUCUCCAAGACCAUCAACAUCAAGCAGAUCGGUCAUGCCAUCCUUUCUGUCCCAGUGCCUUCCAAAACAGGCGAGAGCGAGACUUAUCUUAUCACACUGCCUUCACUACAUAUAGAAGGCCUCAUAUUCGGUGCUCCCUUCGUAGAGCUUGACGGUUCAUCGUACAUCACAUCCUCAACAGGCUUCACAGCCAAGAUCUCGUACCUCGGCAAGGGUUGGGUAAGCGGCAAGAAGAACUCGUUCACAGCAACGCUAUACCCCACUGGAGACGAGAAGAACGUAUUGUACAACUGCUCCGGUCAGUGGACCAAGGCAUUUGAAAUCCACAGCGGCUCUUCAAAGCACAAUUCAUCAAAGACGCUAGUGGGCACAUGGGAUCCCGACGUAAACCCGAUGAGCGAACUGAUUGUGAUGCCCGUUGACCAACAACACCCCCUCGAGUCGCGCCGUGCAUGGGCUGGCGUAGCGGAGGGCAUAGCCAAAGGUGACAUGGACUACGUCGGCAGGGAGAAAACAAAGAUCGAGCAAGCCCAGCGCGCAAUGCGCAAGAAGGAGCAGGCUGAAGGGAAACAAUGGGAGAGAAGGUAUUUUACAGCUCGCCUGGACCCGGAUGAGACACUCCAGAUGUUGGCCACAUCUAUCGGUGUAGAUGAAAAUGGGGACGCAGAUAGGACCGGUGGGUUAUGGCGCUUCGACGCUUCUAAGGCCGAUAAGGUCAAAGAGGAGGUACUUAGUGAUGAGCAGAAAGCUGCCCUUGCCCGCGACUUAUUGGGGCAGUGAGAUAUUCACCGUAUCUGCGUUCAAUAGAAUAUUGCACAAGGCGGAGUCUGGGCGAGAAGCAAACUCCCUUACCUCGCCGCCUUAUAAUGGUAUAUAGAUAAAGUGGGCCGCCGAGGGAUUGAACCGCUAAAGCAAAGUUCAGAGAAAGGGAAAGAUAAAUACUUAUAAUUCACUUCACACUUGGUAUUUUGCAUAAUAGAUAUAUACAAAAGUUUUGGCGCAGCGAUGGCAUUGACGGCCCGAGACGAGUCCGGUAUACCUAGGUAGCGCAAACUGUCUACUUAGCAGUUAAUUGGACUCUUAGCAGCUUCCCUCCCGUUGCGCAAGGGUUUAUCGUGUGUUACCGUGGUGCUGCUUGUUUACUACCUACCUACCUAUAUACUUUCGCUUAUGUUAGAUAGAGUAUGUAUGCAGUGGUGAGGGAUAAGAGUGAAUGGAAAUGAUUCUAUUGGG